AUGAAGCUCCAACUGUUCUGGACUGGACUGGAAUACACCUGCCGGCUCCUGGGCAUCACCACAGCUGCAGUCCUGAUCGGCGUGGGCACUGAGACCUUACUUCAGGGGAAGUUCACAAGCCUGGCUUUCUAUCUGCUGUUUACUGGAGCCGCUGUCUCUGUGUGUGAAGGUUCCUACUUCAUGGCUCAGCUGCUGGCUACCUGCUUCCAGUGUCAGCCAGGCUCAUUGGCCUACAAGGCAAGGGAGAAAGCCCACUGGCUAGGCUGCUUUCAGAAGUUCCUGGCCUACCUGCUGCUGUCUGUGGCCUGCUUCCUCCAUCCAGUGCUGGUUUGGCAUGUGACCAUCCCAGGCUCCAUGCUCAUCAUUACUGGCCUGGCCUACUUUGUGCUGAGCAAGCGGAAGAAGAGCAAAGCAGCUCCCUGGGGACCAUCCACUCCAGAGUGCUACACCGACCCCUCCAGCAGCACUGUAAAUACCACUGGCUCCGGAGAUACUGAACAAACCUAUAAGUUCCAUGGAGCCCUCAAGGAGGGACCAGGAUCUCUUUUCAUCCACAUGAAGAGCAUCCUGAAGGGUUCCCAGAAGCCCGGUGCCUGCCAGCCUCCAGACACCCUGAUGGAGCUUACCCUAGAGCCCACGGACUCACUAGGCAAGAAGCAAGUGCACUUUGAAGAGAAUGUCGUCAGGAUCAUCCCAUCUCUGACUGAGGAUCAGGAUGAUGGAGAUAGCCAGCCGGAGGAGAACGUCUCUGAUACCACCCCUAUAAUCCCUUCACCAAAGUCUACACUCUUCAUGUCCUCUGUCACAGCUUCGGGCCUCUUCUAA